UGAAAAGUUAGAAAAAGUUUGGUGUAGGUGCAGAGUCAGUUCGAGUCUAGUUCAGUCCACCACCAACUUUUGUCUCUUUACAGAGCUGGUUCCUCUCAAAGGAAUCAAUUAAGUAUCUAUAAAGACCUUUGGUCGAGAACCUCUGUGGACCGAUUCUCCCCGCCGAAUUUCGGAAUCGCAUUCGUACCAAUUCUUUUCCUCGCACAUAUUCUCACGAACCGACAUGGCGGACCUUCGAAUUCUGCUCAUCGGCAACGGCGGCCGUGAGCAUGCUCUGGCUUGGAAGCUCAGCCAGUCUUCUCGAGUUGAGCAGAUCUUUGCUGUCCCCGGUAACGGAGGAACUGCUGGAUGCCCCAAGACCUCAAACGUCUCUUCAGUCAAGGCUGAGGAUUUUGCUGGUCUUGUCAAGUUCUCUCAGGAGAACGGUGUUAGCCUUGUUGUUCCUGGCCCCGAGGCCCCUCUCGUUGACGGUGUUGAGGGAUGGUUCCGAAAGGCUGGUAUUCCCUGCUUCGGUCCCUCCAAGGAGGCUGCGCGACUUGAGGGCAGCAAGACCUACUCCAAGGAUUUCAUGAAGAAGUACAACGUUCCUACUGCUGCUUAUGAGAACUUCUCCGACUACAAUAAGGCCGUUGCCUACGUCGAUAGCGUCGACCAUGACGUCGUCAUCAAAGCCACUGGUCUCGCUGCUGGAAAGGGUGUUAUCAUUCCCCAGACCAAGGAUGAGGCCAAAGCUGCUUUGAAGCAGAUUAUGGUUGACAAGGAGUUCGGUGAUGCUGGUGAUGAGGUUGUCAUCGAGGAGCUUCUCAUUGGUGAUGAGCUCAGUGUUCUUACUUUCUGCGACGGCUACGCUAUCCGAUCUCUGCCUCUCGCCCAGGACCACAAGCGCAUCUUCGAUGGAGACCAGGGCCCUAACACUGGUGGCAUGGGAUGCUAUGCGCCUACAAACAUUGCUACCAAGGAGCUUACUGAGCUCAUCGACCGUGAGAUUCUCGAGCCCACUAUCUCCGGUAUGCGACGAGAGCAGCAGCCUUUCCGUGGUGUUCUCUUCACUGGUCUCAUGAUCACCAGCAAGGGACCCAAGGUUCUCGAGUACAACGUCCGAUUCGGUGACCCUGAAACACAAACCGUUCUUCCUCUUCUCUCUGCCGACACUGAUUUGGCUGAGAUCAUGCUUGCUUGCGCCAACGGCUACCUCGACAACUGCAAGCUUACCAUUGAGAACAAGUUCAGCGCCACUGUUGUCCUUGCUUCUGGUGGUUACCCCGGUUCUUACCCCAAGGGUAAGGCCAUGUCUGUUCAGACUCCUCCCGCUGGCUGCAACAUCUUCCACGCUGGUACCACACUCGACAGCACUGGUCUCAAGACAUCUGGUGGUCGUGUCAUCGCUAUCAACGCUGUUGGCGACUCUCUCCGAGCUGCUGUUGAUGCUGCUUAUGCCGCUCUUGACAAGAAGGUCAUUGAGUUCGAGGGUGCUUUCUACCGAAAGGAUAUCGCUCACCGGGCUUUCCGCUUAACUGCUCAGACCUCCAUGACUUAUGCUCAGGCUGGUGUCGAUAUUCAAGCCGGCAACGACUUUGUCGAGAAGAUCAAGAAGGCUGUUGCCAGCACUAAGCGACCUGGAGCUGAUGCUGAAAUUGGCGGCUUCGGUGGUGAGGUCGACCUGUCUCAAGCUGGUUACCCUCAAGCUCCCAUUACCGUUGGCAUCGAUCUGGUUGCCAUGAACGUCAACGAUCUCGUUGUUCAGGGUGCUACCCCUGUUAUGUUCCUCGACUACUAUGGAUGCAGCAAGUUGGAUCUCUCUACUGCUGCUGACUUCGUUCAAGGUGUUGCUGAUGGUUGCCGACAAGCUGGAUGUGCCCUUGUUGGUGGCGAGACUGCUGAGAUGCCUGGCAUGUAUCAGAACGACGACUACGACGCUGCUGGUUGCGCUGUCGGUACCGUUACUGCUGACAUCAAGCUUCCUCGCAAGGAUGACAUGGCUCAAGACGAUGUCCUCCUCGGUCUCGGCUCUGCUGGUGUCCACUCCAACGGUUUCUCCCUGGCCCGUCGCAUUGUCUCUCGCGCUGGCCUCAGCUACACUGACCCUGCUCCCUGGGACCAGUCCACCACUGUCGGCGAGUCCCUUCUCACUCCCACACGAAUCUACGUCAAGUCUCUCCUGCCCAUCCUCUCUCACAUUAAGGGUCUUGCUCACAUCACCGGUGGCGGUCUCGUCGAGAACGUUCCCCGUAUGAUCCCCGAGCUUGCUUGAUCCACAACGUUGACUCGUGGAAGGCUGAGACAGCGGUGCCUAGUAAGAGAA